AUGACUUCAAUUAAAGGACAUAAUGCACCUAUAACUUGUGUCAAUUGGAGUCUUACUAAUAACUUUUUGUUUUGUUCUGGAGAUGAGAAGGGGAUAUUUAGAAUUUGGGAUUUCAGAACAAUGAAAACAAUUAAAGCAUUCCAAGCACCAAAUAAAAGUUCAAUAACAUCGUCUCAAUUUAAUGAUGACAUCUGUUUUGUUUCAAGUGGAAAUGAAAUGAAUCAGCUGGACUUAAGAGGUGAUGGGUUGUUUAUUAAAAAUUCAUUGUUCAAAGAUGAAGCUAAAGAUGAAAUUAAUAAAAUUAAAGUAGACACCACAAAUAAUAGGUAUGGUUAUUGUGAUGAUUCAGGUAAUAUUAGUGUUUUUGAAUUCAAUAGUAAUAAGAAAAUUGUUGAUUUAGUUGGAACACAUGAGUCAGUUUGUAAUUUAUCAUCUGAAUUUAUUAAUGAAAUAAAAGAAAAUAAUACUCACGUUCAUUUAUGUUCUGAUUUUGUUUUUGAUAAGAAAGAAAUGACUUUAUACUCUACUGGACUUGAUAUGACAGUAGUUAAAUCGAAAUUAUGGAAUCCAUCUCCUAAAACUAAAUAUAUAAUGAACAAAUGUUCUUUCCCAAAGACUGGAACAAAUACUCUUGUUAAUCCACCUAUGGCAUAUUCUAUUGAUAUGAAUAUGAAAGGUGAUAGGUUAAUGGUUGCUUGUGGUAAUGGUAUGAUUUAUUGGUUAACAACUGGUGCAUUGAAAAUCACUCAAAGUUUUGAAAUAUCAAUGGGAAUGAUACAACAAGCAUCAUAUUUUAAUCAUGACCGAUUAUAUUUGAUUGCCACUCCAAACCAACUUCAGUGCCGUUCUAGUUGUGCAUAUGAAACUGUUUUUGCUCGUAACUUUGUUGGAAUUAAUGAUUUUUCUGCUAACCAAACAACAAAACAUAUUCUUGUUGCAGAUCAUUCAUGUGAUAUUCAUUUGUUAGAAUCUGUAGAAGAACAAGAAGAUGAUGAAUAA